AUGACAGUGAUUGCCCUGCAGAUGACUAAGAGAAAAGUGACCUUUCUUUCCAAGAGAUCUGGCAAACGUGACUCAGACCCAGCGGUCAAGCUUACCACAGCUGUAAUGUGGUCAGAAGAACACUCUCCCCUUCUCUCCUGGCCUCGGCAGGUUCUCCAGAAGCUGGGGAAGGCAGAUGUGACCAAGGAUGAGCAGUUUGAGCAGUGCGUCCAGAACUUCAACAAGCAGCUGACUGAACGCACCCAGCUGCAGAAGGAUCUCCGGACCUACCUGGCUUCCGUCAAAGCCAUGCAUGAGGCCUCCAAGAAGCUGAACGAGUGUCUGCAGGAGGUGUAUGAGACCGACUGGCCUGGCAGGGAUGAGGCCAACAAGAUCGCAGAGAACAAUGAGGUGCUGUGGAUGGAUUACCACCAGAAGCUGGUGGACCAGGCGCUGCUCACCAUGGACACGUACCUGGGCCAGUUCCUUGACAUCAAGUCAUGCAUCGCCAAGCGGGGGCGCAAGCUGGUGGACUACUACAGUGCCCGGCACCACUACGAGUCUCUGCAAACUGCCAAAAAGAAGGAGGAAGCCAAAAUCGCCAAGGCCGAGGAGGAGCUCAUCAAAGCCCAGAAUGUGUUUGAGGAGAUGAAUGUGGAUCUGCAGGAGGAGCUGCCGUCCCUGUGGAACAGCCUCGUAGGUUUCUAUGUCAACACAUUCCAGAGCAUUGCAGGCCUGGAGGAGAACUUCCAUAAGGAGAUGAGCAAGCUCAACCAGAACCUCAACGACGUGCUGGUCAGCCUGGAGAAACAGCGCGGGAGCAAUACCUUCAUGGUCAAGGCCCAGCCCAGAAAGAAAAGUAAACUGUUUUCACGGCUGUGCAGAAAGAAGAACAGUGACAACGCGCCUGCAAAAGGGAACAAGAGCCCUUCGCCUCCAGAUGGCUCCCCUGCCGCCACCCCUGAGAUAAGAGUUAACCAGGAACCAGAACCAGCCAGCGGGGCCAUGCCUGGGGCAGCCCUCCCCAAGUCCCUGUCUCAGCUCCGGAAGGGCCCACCAGUCCCUCCGCCUCCCAAACACACCCCGUCUAAGGAAGUCAAGCAGGAGCAAAUCCUCAGCCUGUUUGAGGACACGUUUGUCCCUGAGAUCAGCGUGACCACCCCCUCCCAGCCAGCAGAGGUCUCGGAGGUGGCAGGUGGGACCCAACCUGCGGCUGGAGCCCAGGAGCCUGGGGAGACGGCGGCAAGUGAAGCAGCCUCGAGCUCUCUUCCUGCUGUCGUGGUGGAGACCUUUUUAGCAACUGUGAAUGGCACCGUGGAGGGUGGCAGUGGGGCUUGGUGCCUGGACCUACCCCCAGGUUUCAUGUUCAAGGUGCAGGCCCAGCACGACUACACCGCCACCGACACAGAUGAGCUGCAGCUCAAGGCUGGCGACGUGGUGCUGGUGAUCCCCUUCCAGAACCCUGAGGAGCAGGAUGAAGGCUGGCUCAUGGGCAUGAAGGAGAGCGACUGGAACCAGCACAAGGAACUGGAGAAGUGCUGGGGUGUCUUCCCCGAGAACUUCACCGAGAGGGUCCAGUGAUGGCGGGGCCUGUGCAGCCUCCCGGCGUGUGAAGAGCACCUCCUCCUGAAAAAUGUGUGGUUCUUUUUUUUGUUCUGUUUUGUUUUCGUUUUUAAUCUUUUGAAGAGCAAAGGGAAAUCAAGAGGAGACUCCAGGCAGAGGGUGUUCUCCCAAAGAUUAGGUCGUUUUCCAAAGAGCCGUGUCCCGGUGAGUCCGGCCGAAUUCACCAGUGUUCCUGAAGCUGCUGUGUCCCCUAGUUGAGUUCCUGGUGCCCCUGCCUGUGCCCGCAUGUGUCUGGCUGCAGAGCAGGGCUGGGGGCUAUGCCAGCCACCAUGCUUGCCUGAAGCUUUGGCCGCACCACCGGGCAAAGGUUCUCUUUUCCUGGCAGCUGCUGUGGGUGGGGCCCAGCACCAGCCUAGCCUGGCCCUGCCCCGCAGGUGGUCUGUGUGCUGUUUGAAAAUAAAUCUUAGUGUUCAAAACAAAAUGAAACAAAAAAUCUGAUAAAAACACUCAGAAAAC